AAAAAGAUAUCAGUCAGAGCUUCGCUGUGUGACUGCUGAUGUUGGACGCCAUGAGACCGUCGUGACAUGCAACGAAACAUCAAUAAAGGUGGAGGUGGAGAAGUCCUACCUCAUAAGACGCAACGAGGACAUCUUGCAUCUGAAUGACUUCAGAGAUGCUAACUGCAGCUAACUGAGCACACGCUCCAACACAACCCACCUGGUGGCUACUAUGUCUCUGAACACAUGUGGAACCAUCCUCGAGGAGGAUGAAGACAACAUCAUUUUCAAGAACAAGAUCACAUCUGCUGACCCAAAAGAAGUAAUUUCCAGACAGCAUGAUGUUGACAUAGCCUUUUCUUGCGUCUAUCCCAAGAUAACCAACCUGACUCUGGGGUUCAAGCACAAGAACCCGUACGCCUUCUCAGAGAAGGGCUUCGGUGCUUUCACCUUCCAGUUUGAAUUCUUUGAGAGCCAGCGCUUCAGAACACAAGUUGAUGCCAGCACUUACCCGGUGGAGGUGUACCUCAAACAGAUGAUGUUCAUGCAGAUCGAAGCAACAACCUCCAUCCCAAACACAGUGCUGUUUGUAGAGUCCUGUAAGGCCACGCCGUAUGACAACCCAAACUCUCGCAUCAGCUACACCAUCAUCGAACACGGGUGUGCAAAAGACAACACAGCGCAAAUCUACCCCAGCUCCAGAACUCAAUUCAGAUUUGGAAUGGAAGCUUUUGAGUUCAUCGGCGCUCAUGAUGAGGUGUACAUCACUUGCUCUGUCAUGCUGUGUGAGAGCGGCAUUGCGGGGACCAGGUGCUCUCGGGGAUGCGUCCAGUCCGGCUCAGAGCACCAUCGCAGGAGAAGAGAAGCUGUGGCCGAGACUUCCAGACACUCAAUUUCCCAGGGUCCUUUGCACCUGGUUAAAACUUCUGACAGCCAAGCGUCUGGCCCAAGCCUAAAUCUUGACCUGAACCUAGUCUUCAUUAUCGGCUGCCUCCUGGCGUGUGGGGUGGUGAUCUACGGAUCGAGGAGGUCCAAAGCUAACUACCAACAGCUGCCAACCUCUGAGACCGACUGAGGACAGAGAUGACGUCUUGAUCCACAACACUUCUGCUAUAAUCUGUGUUUUUUGGUGGGUUUUUUGUAGGGUGGUGGUGGUUUGAGUUCAAAAUGUGUAAAGUUACUUUCAAAGAUUGAGACAGCAGGAAGUGUGUAGUGAGUAAAUAGCAUACUGGGAAAAGAAGUAUACACAGGCUUCUCAUGAAUAAUAUUUUUUGGGGAUUUUUCAGGUAAAACAUUGUAAUGACUUUUUAUAUCAACUUGAUGAUGAAGUAUGAUUUAAAUAUGUAUCUUAUUCUAUAUGGCUGUCCAUUAGUGCCAGUGGUGGAAGAAGUAUUCAGAUACUUUAUUUGAGGAAAAAGUACUUCCACACUGCAGAAUUAUCCACCACAAUUAAAAGUCCUGCAAAAUGUACUGAAAGUAUCAAAAGUAAAAGUACUCAUUAUGCUCACAUUGUUUUACAUAUUUCAAAUAUAUUGUUGGAUUAUUGUUAUAGAUGCAUUUAUGAAAGCAGCAUUUAUUGUUCUCAUUUUAACAACUUCAUAUACUGCCAUAUGCUUUGAUUAAUAUAAAAAUGCUAAAUAAUUUUUAACUGAUCUUUUCUGACUAAAUCAUUUUUUAACAGUUUUUUCAUGUUAAAGUAACCAAAGCUACAAGUACAGUAUUUGCCUCUAACAUGUAGCGGAGAAGAUGAUGCUACAUAAAAUGGAAUAAAAGUACAAGUUACAAGUUACUUUCCAACACCUGACCAACAAUGAAGUCUAUCUGAACAUGUGAAGGAACAUAGCUUUCAAUUUUUUUUUUCCAAGGUUUGGAGUAAAACAUAUUAAACAGGUGUUUUUGGGUGAAAAAUUAAAGUUUAUAUACAGGUUAUAUACAGCUAUAAUAA